AUGAGCACACAAAGAUUGGAUUUGCCAUGCAAUACUAACUUCCCUCGUAAAGAAUCAACAAGAUCGCAGCCAGUUAUUAGACCUGUGGGCCCUAUAUCACUCGACAACAACAACAACACAAUAGAAGCAAGAACAACAAACUGUUCACUUAAGCACACUGUGGUAGAAAAAGAACGAUAUCUGGAUAACAGAAACAAAGGGUUAAAAAGACUUUACCAAGAUGAACAAGAUGAAUCUUUUCGAGCUAAGAGGAAAAGGGGUUGCAGUAAAGUCGAAGAAUUUGGUGAAAAUGAAGAUAAUUUUUGGUUCAGCAAACAGGGGUUCGUUCUUGAUCAUUCUGCUACUUCACUUCCGUUUUCGCCUCAGUUAAGAACCAGUCCAUGGAGUUUUGUGAAUGAAUUAGCGGAUUUAGGUGAAAGGGGAGUUUCGUCAGGAAGCCAUAGACAGAGGGUUGUGAAUGAAAACGUCAUCGGGGUCGGGGUCGGGAUCGAGGAGCAGUUCGCCGGAAAGUCAUCGGAGUUUGGAUGUAGGAGGUACGAACGCGUAGGUGCACCAAACCCUAAUCAAAGUUUGGAUUUAUUAGCGAUUGGGAACACGAACCAUGAUGAAGAAGUUGGAUUUGAGCUUAUAAGUUUGCUUUUAGCUUGUUUGGAAGCAAUCGGCGUUAAGAACAUAGCUGCAAUUAACCAUUUCAUUUCAAAAUUAGGCGAAUUAGCGUCUCCGAGAGGCGAUUCUUCAAUCUCCAGACUUGCUGCUUAUUACACAGAAGCUUUAGCUUUAAGGGUUCGAGAAUUUGGCCCAAUAUUUUCCAGAUUUCUAUUCCUAGAGAGAUUAAUCAGGUCGAAGAAGAGAAUGGACAGCUUUACGUCUCUUGAAUCAAGCAACCCCAAUCCUAAUUCAUCCAUUUCACGUCAAACGAGAUUCUGCUAA